AUGGAGGGAAUGGGCUGCACUGACACUGUCAAGGGCCUUCUAUGUUUUUACUACAGCAACUAUUCGUACUUGUGCAACAUUGCCACCCGAGAAUGCAGACGACUCCCUGUUUCUAGACAUGAAUCCAGUUCUUGUAGUUACCAUCUUGGUUUUGACCCCGCUAGUAGAUUGUACAAGUUACUCAAGAUUUGUCCAGUAUACAAGGACUAUGAUGAUAAUAUUCUGUAUCCUGAGGACAAUUCCGAGUUCGUUCUUAAUCUAGAUUGUGAGAUUCUGACCCUCGGUGUUGACUCAUCAUGGAGAAGCAUUAAGCCUGCACCUUGGGAAAUCAGAUCACGUAGCAUAUGCUUCACUGGAGUUCUAUACUGGAUGGAACCAACUAACUUAGGCCCUACGAAUUCAGAUAACCAUCUUAUUGCUUUUGAACUUGAUCAUGAGAAGUUUCAGAUUAUUCCCACGCCUAAGUUUUGCUAUCCACUGCAGUUUGGACCUGGUCUAGCUUUAGUCAGAACGUGGUCCCAUAAUGAGGCAGUGAUUUGUUAUUACGGCAAUGGUCAAGAGUCAGGGAUGUGGACUGAGCAUAAACUUGACCUUCCAACGUCAAGGAAGUAUCGAUUUGGACCGGUUGGUAUACUCCCUGAUGGAAAGGUGGUGUUGUUUGACGAAGAUGCGGACAUCCAUUGUCCCUCCAAAUUUUAUAUAUAUGAUCCAACCGACGGGAAUCUUGAAAAGACUGUGAUUUGCAAAUCACCUUCAUCCUCAGACUUCAUGGAUGAAGGUAUUCUUGGGUACAAGUCCUAUUAUGAGGAGAACAUCAUCCCAUUAAGCUGUUUGAUUGCAAGACCCUGA